CCCCUUAGGGCCAAUCGCUUUCGAACUUCGUUUGCUAUCCGCCCUCUCCUUUUUUUUCCCACCUCUCCCCUCCCCCUCCGCGCUGGUGCGAUCAGAGCGAUCUAAGAUGGCGACGGUGGAACCGGAAACCACUUCUAAUCCGCAGACUUCAGAAGAAGAAAAAACUGAGACACCAGCAAGUCAGGAGGUAGUCAGCCCUGAACCAUACAUCAAGCAUCCAUUACAAAACAGGUGGGCGCUCUGGUUCUUUAAAAAUGACAAAAGUAAAACCUGGCAGGCAAAUCUUCGUCUGAUCUCAAAAUUUGAUACUGUUGAAGAUUUUUGGGCAUUAUACAACCAUAUCCAGCUCUCUAGUAACUUAAUGCCUGGUUGUGACUACUCACUUUUUAAGGAUGGUAUUGAACCCAUGUGGGAAGAUGAGAAGAAUAAACGAGGAGGACGAUGGCUAAUUACAUUAAACAAACAGCAGAGGCGAAGUGACCUUGAUCGCUUCUGGCUAGAGACAUUGCUGUGCCUUAUUGGAGAAUCCUUUGAUGACUACAGUGAUGAUGUAUGUGGAGCUGUUGUUAAUGUUAGAACCAAGGGUGAUAAAAUAGCAAUAUGGACUACUGAAUGUGAAAACAGGGAUGCUGUUACACAUAUAGGGAGAGUAUACAAGGAAAGGUUAGGACUUCCUCCAAAGAUAGUGAUUGGUUAUCAGUCCCAUGCUGACACAGCUACUAAGAGCGGCUCCACCACUAAAAAUAGGUUUGUUGUUUAAGAAGACACCUUCUGAGUAUUUCAUAGGAGACUGCGUCAAGCAAUCGAGAUUUGGGAGCUGAACCAAAGCCUCUAUAAAAGCGGAGUGGACUGCAUUUAAAUCUGAUUUCCAUCUAAAUGUUGCUAAAUUUGUGAAAAGUCUCAUUUGUACUUCUUGUACUUCUGUGUUCAUUUUUUUCCUCUCCAUUUUUGGCUGAAGGUCACCUUUAUCCAAUCAAAGAAUUUCAGUACACAUUGCCCCUGAAUCCGUAAAGGUCUCCCUGGCCCCACUCUGUGAUGCUUCUUGGGAAAGUAACUAUUGUGAAAAAGUGUCCCGAAAAACAGUGCCAUUUCUACAGGGGGAAAAACAGACUACUUUUUUUCACCUUUGCAUUAUAUGCAAUAACGUGUUUUGCUGGUUUGAAAGAAAAGUAUGAUGCAUACAUUUUUCUAGCGAAUCUUUCUUCAUACAGCAUGAUCAUUGCUGUAACUGAUGCUGAUGGCUGCUAGAUUUAAUUUAUUUGUUUCCCUCUUUGAUAACAUUAGUGAUAUUCUGAUUUCAGUUCUUGCUCAUGUAACAUUGGUGAAGGAUCUGGGAAUAUGACAGAGGUUUAAUAAACAUUAAUUUUGUGCAUUCUUUGGUAAUUAUUUUUGUAACAUCGAAAGCUUUGCUACAAAUUUCAUGCAUUUCGGUCAAAUCAGUGAUAUGUUUUGUGUGAUUUCCUAAACAUAAUUGUGGAUUUUUUAAAAUGUAACACCAUAAUUACAUUCCUUACUAGAAAUAAUAUUCUUGUUUUUUGUAUCUUACGCUGUAUUUUAACACUUUGUAUUCCUUAGGUUAUAUUUUGCUUUGGUUUAAGAGCGGCUCAAGUAGAAAAGCAGUCCCAUUCAUAUUAAGACAGUGUACAAAACUGUAAAUAAAAUGUGUACAGUGAAUUGCCUUUUA